CCACCUCUGUUGUUAAUGCACCAAGUGCCCCUGCUAAUAGUAAUACUGUUGACCUCCUACAAGGCUUAUUAGGACCCAGUCACCCUUCUACCCCAGCCCCUUCAAGCACACAUGUGAUGUCCCCCAUUGGUGCUAGUGCUGACUUGGGGGGAUUCAAUUCCAAUCUAUCUGGAAUGACACUCACACAACCAACCUGUGUCCCCCUCCAGUCCAUGGCUACCACAUCAAGUCUCUCAAUGCAGCAAGGACUAGCUUCUCUACCAGUAAUGGACCAGACCACUAUGGCAAAUACACAGUCAAAAGGUACCUGGGCUAACAGCGGAGUAGACAUAAGUCUUGACAACCUGACUAUCAGUGGCCAGAAGAAGGCUCCAGCACCAAGCAUGAACCAACUACAAGGAAGCAGUCAUGUCAUACCAUCCCAGCCUGUGGCACCUCAACCAGGAAUGAUGAUGAUGGGAGGAGGUCCCAUGAUGGGAGGGAGGAUGAUGGUUCCUCCACACCCACAAGUGCCUGGAGCAUCAGUAGUGAAUGGUAGUGUGGUGUCUCCCAUGAUAAUGCAGCAGGGUGGUAUGAUAGGAGGACCAAGAGUACCACUGGGGGGUGUUGCUCCUAAUAUGCCUGCCACCAUAACCCCUAUGAUGGGAAUGAUGUCACAAAAUCCAGUUGGUUCUAUGUCCAUGCCCAAUAAUAUGGGAUUGUAACAGGCACUAUGGCUUUACACACAGUGUAUGAGCUAUAUCUUUGAUUAGUAGUGAAAAAAAAAAAAAAAAGAAAGAAAGAAAGAAAGAAAAAAGAAACACUAACAUUGGGGAUAUUAUCAUAUAUGAAGAAGAAAUUAUUCUCUACUUUUGAAGAUGAUGUUGGAAACCAUGAAAGGGAUUUAUGAACAACCAAUAAGGAAAUUAAAACAUAAUUUGAUAUUCGUAUUCUCAUGGUACUUGCAUAAUCACUUCAUACAGAUAUUUAUGCAAAGACUGGGUUUUUUUUAUUGUAAUCCUUGCUUAUUAUCUGGGAUGAGAAACAAUUAUUUUAUUCUUGACUUGUUUUGCCCAUGGGGGUUCUUUCCUGCAAAGAAGCCCCAUAGCAAAACUAGUCAGGAUAAAUUAUUAAUUUUCCAGUCAUUGUUUCCUUCACCACCUUCCAUAUUUUUAUUAUUAUUAUCAUUAUUGUUUUUUUAUUGUGAUUCUCUCUCUCUCUCUCUCUCUCUCUCUCUCUCUCUCUCUCUCUCUCUCUCUCUCUCUCUCUCUCUCUCUCUCUCUCUCUCUCUCUCUCUCUCUCUCUCUCUCUCUCUCUCUAUUAUUAAGUACAUUUGUAUAUGCUUUGUUCCUCUCAUUUAUUAUAUUAAAGAGGUUAGUUUAAACCUGUUCAGGCAAUUUAUAUAUGAAUGUUAAAUGUGAAGUUAAAAUUACAGUGAACUCUCUUGCACAUAUUGAAUAAAAGAGUUAUUUUCAUUAUCA